AUGACUUUAAGCAAUUUAUUAAUUCUAACAUUGUACAUUGAUUCCGCUUUUACCAGAAAAGUUUGGUUUUCAUCAAAAAAAGAUACAAUGAUCAUUAAAUUGAUUAAAAAUCUUAGAUUGAGUGAUAUCAAAUCACUUAGUAUAGAUUUAAUAGAUGAUCAUCUUCAAAUUGUUUUUAAAAAAUCAAAUAAUAUUAAAUAUUCUUAUGAAUAUAUUGAUCAAGAUUUAUGGGGGGUAAUUAAAAAGGUGAUAAAAGAAGGUGUCAAGAAGACAUUAGAUAAAUGUAAAAACAUGUUGAUAAGGGGGGUGCAUACCACAAAAAUAAUGAAUGAUUAUGUUGAUUUUAAUUUUAAACAAAGAUUUGUGCGAUUAAAAAAUGUUUUUAAAAGAUUAAUACAUGCUUGCUUAUAUACUAGAAGGAUUAUAGUUGAAUGUAUUUGUAAAACAUAUUUUAAAAUAGUAGAAUUAAUAAGAUUUAUUUUUAACAGAAUAAUAAUUAAAUACCGAUCUACAAGCAGGAUUGUAAGUGAAAAUAUUUUUAGUAUGCUGAAGAAAUCUGCAGGAAUACUUAAAUAUUUUCUGGACAAAUUAUACACCGAGAGUUGCAGUAUUAAAAAUACAUUUUGUGACAGAAGCAAAAUCUGUUACAGGGCCAUAAACAAUGCUACGAGAAGUUUUAUGAAGCAGAAGUUAAAAUUUAAAGUUGAGUAA